AUGUCAUUGACCGGGUCAGCCGCAAUUGAUGUUGCCCGUAGCGCAUUGGUCGCUUCUCGUCGCCUCGCAACGCUUCCGAAUACUGCCCGAAACGACGCUUUGACGGCUCUCCACCAAGCUCUGGAUAAGAACAGAGCCACUAUACUUGCUGCCAAUGCUAGGGAUGUGGAGGCUGCUACACGCGAUGCCAACAAUGGUAAUCUGAACCAUAGCGUACUUAAAAGACUCGAUCUAUCACGGCCUGGCAAGUAUGACGAUAUGCUUGAGGGGAUCUUGAGUGUGCGAGGCUUGGAUGAUCCUAUGACGCUACGCACCCUCCUGGAUGAGGGACUGAGUCUGGAAAGAGUCAGUUGCCCAAUUGGAGUCUUGUUGAUUAUAUUCGAGGCUCGCCCAGAGGUGAUCGCGAACAUUGCUGCUCUGGCCAUCAAGUCCGGCAACGCUGCUAUCUUGAAAGGCGGAAAGGAGUCGAUGGAGUCCUUCGUGGCCAUAGCCAAUGUCGUUUCUGAAGCCAUUGCUGGCAGCCAGGUGCCAGUCUCAUCGAUCCAGCUUGUCAAAACGAGGGACGUUGUCUCAUCCCUGCUCGCCCAGGAUUCCUUCAUUGAUCUAGUAAUUCCCCGAGGAUCUAAUGAACUUGUUCGCUAUGUGAAGGAAAACACAAAGAUUCCCGUUCUCGGACACGCUGAUGGCCUAUGCUCUGCCUAUAUCCAUUCGGAUGCAAAUACCAAAAUGGCCGUGAAAGUCAUCGUGGAUUCGAAAACAGAUUAUCCCGCGGCGUGUAACUCACUCGAAUCGUUGCUGGUUCACCAGGAUGUUCUGGAAACUAUCCUCCCCGAAGUUGCCGUGGCACUCAUUGAUAAGGGGGUGUCGCUUCGUUGUGAUGAGGCAUCGAUGGCAGCGUUGGCCAGCACACUAUUAAGUGAUCAGCUCUCAAAAGUCCAGCCAUCAACCGAAACCGACUACGACACAGAGUUUUUGGACCUUGUGUUGGCAGUGAAGACCGUCCCGUCAACAGGCGAUCCUGCAUCGGCGGUAGAGGCAGCCAUGGCUCAUAUCAACGUGCACUCAUCCAAACACACGGACAUCAUCUUGACCGAAUCACGGGAUUUGGCAACCUUAUUCAUGAGCGGAAUUGACAGCGCAGGAGUAUUCUGGAAUGCAUCGAGCAGGUUUGCCGAUGGCAUGAGAUUUGGAUUCGGCACCGAAGUGGGCAUCAGUACCAACAAAAUCCACUCUCGGGGUCCAGUUGGACUAGAGGGCUUGACGAUCUACAAAUACUUGGUCCGAGGGAAUGGCCACGGUGCAGGAGAUUACCAUGAAGGUCAAGGGGGACGACAGUACCUUCAUACCAGCCUGCCUAUUGCCGAGUAG